AGGGCGGGCUUUCCGGGAGUGUGUUUCCGGCGUCGGCGGCCGCGGCCGGGGACGGUGUGAAAGCGGUAAGAUGGCGGCGGCGGCGGUGGUGGAGUUCCAGAGAGCCCAGUCUCUACUCAGCACCGACCGGGAGGCCUCCAUCGACAUUCUCCACUCCAUCGUGAAGCGUGACAUUCAGGAGAAUGAUGAGGAGGCAGUGCAGGUCAAAGAGCAGAGUAUCCUGGAACUCGGGUCUCUCUUGGCGAAGACUGGACAAGCUGCAGAGCUUGGAGGACUCCUGAAGUAUGUGCGACCCUUCUUGAAUUCCAUCAGCAAGGCUAAGGCAGCUCGUCUGGUCCGAUCUCUUCUUGAUCUGUUUCUUGAUAUGGAAGCAGCUACAGGGCAGGAGGUCGAGUUGUGUUUAGAGUGCAUCGAAUGGGCCAAAUCAGAGAAAAGAACUUUCUUACGCCAAGCUUUGGAGGCAAGACUGGUGUCUUUGUACUUUGAUACCAAGAGGUACCAGGAAGCAUUGCAUUUGGGUUCUCAGCUGCUGCGGGAGUUGAAAAAGAUGGAUGACAAAGCCCUUUUGGUGGAAGUACAGCUUUUAGAAAGCAAAACAUACCAUGCCCUGAGCAACCUGCCGAAAGCCCGAGCUGCCUUAACCUCUGCUCGAACUACAGCAAAUGCUAUCUACUGCCCCCCUAAAUUGCAGGCCACAUUGGAUAUGCAAUCAGGUAUUAUCCAUGCAGCAGAGGAGAAGGAUUGGAAAACUGCAUACUCAUAUUUCUAUGAGGCAUUUGAGGGUUAUGAUUCCAUCGAUAGCCCCAAGGCCAUCACAUCUCUGAAGUACAUGUUGCUGUGCAAAAUUAUGCUCAACACCCCAGAAGAUGUCCAGGCUUUGGUGAGCGGGAAACUUGCGCUUCGGUAUGCAGGGAGGCAGACAGAAGCAUUAAAAUGUGUGGCUCAGGCUAGCAAGAACAGAUCACUGGCAGAUUUUGAAAAGGCCCUGACAGAUUACCGGGCAGAGCUCCGGGAUGACCCAAUCAUCAGUACACACUUGGCCAAGUUGUAUGACAACUUGCUGGAACAGAAUCUGAUCCGGGUCAUUGAGCCUUUUUCCCGAGUUCAGAUUGAACACAUAUCUAGCCUCAUCAAACUCUCCAAGGCCGACGUGGAAAGGAAAUUAUCACAGAUGAUUCUUGACAAGAAAUUUCAUGGGAUCUUGGACCAGGGGGAGGGUGUCUUGAUUAUUUUCGAUGAACCCCCAGUAGAUAAAACUUAUGAAGCUGCUCUGGAAACAAUUCAGAACAUGAGUAAAGUAGUGGAUUCCCUCUACAACAAAGCCAAGAAACUGACAUAGGUGAGUGCUGGCUCCGGGACCCAGGCCCGGGCAGCGCUGUCUUCUGCCUGUCGAGACUGAAAGCCUCCUGGUGGCCUCGCAGCUUCCCCGAUUGACACUGCUCUGUCUUCUCUUGCAGAGUUGGAUCUGUAGCGGUCCUUUGGAGAGUGUGUGUGGCGGGAGAGUGAAACCUUUGGGGAAAAUGCUAGGAGAUUCUUUUUUCUUUUUGUUCUACUUUUCGCUCGGAAAGUUUUUAAAUCCUCAUUUGGUGCAUCUGUAUUCCAGCCAAUAGGUGUGCCAGUUUUCAUGUAAUCUUUACUGGCCCGACUUGGGAGUGGGGAAAUUGCUUAAAAAAAAAAAGAAAAAGAAAAAAAAAAAGGUUAUUCUAAAUAAAAGGAAAAAGGCUUACACUA